GUAUAUCUUAUCGAUAAGUCCGCGGUUUACACUGGUCGCCUUCGCGUUGGAAUUUCGGAAUUUAGCUAAAUUUAUAUAUCUGUUCCACUCCCAGCCACAUCCAAGAGCCACCCAGCGUACGACCCAUUGCAUCCUGUGCCCAGCAAGAGUUUAAUUUUCGGGAUUCGGAGCCAGACAGCUCGGACAGAAAGCGUAAAUCAGCAUGUCGUCCGGCUCUACAUUACAGAAGGCCAUCGAUCUGGUGACCAAGGCCACCGAGGAGGAUCGCAACAAGAACUAUGCCGAGGCACUGCGCCUCUAUGAGCAUGGCGUGGAGUACUUUCUGCAUACGAUUAAGUACGAGGCACAGGGCGAGAAGGCCAAGGACUCGAUCAGAGUCAAGUGUCUGCAGUAUUUGGAUCGGGCCGAAAAGCUCAAGGAGUACCUAAAGAAGGGCAAGAAGAAACCGAUCAAGGAGGGCGACGAGUCCAGCUCCAAGGACGACAAGGACAAGAAGAGCGACAGCGAUGACGAGGACGAUGACCCGGAGAAAAAGAAGCUACAGGCCAAGCUGGAGGGGGCGAUUGUCAUCGAGAAGCCUCACGUGCAGUGGUCAGAUGUGGCCGGCCUGGAUGCUGCCAAGGAGGCCCUCAAAGAGGCCGUCAUCUUGCCCAUCAAAUUCCCACAGCUAUUCACCGGCAAGCGCAUACCCUGGAAGGGGAUCCUCCUGUUCGGCCCACCCGGUACGGGCAAGUCCUACCUGGCCAAGGCAGUCGCCACCGAGGCCAACCGGUCCACAUUCUUCUCAGUGUCUAGCUCCGAUCUGAUGUCCAAAUGGCUGGGCGAGUCCGAGAAGCUGGUCAAGAAUCUCUUUGAGCUGGCCCGCCAGCACAAGCCAUCGAUCAUAUUCAUCGACGAGAUCGAUUCCAUGUGCUCAGCCCGUUCCGACAACGAGAACGACAGUGUGCGUCGCAUCAAGACCGAGUUCCUGGUGCAGAUGCAGGGCGUCGGCAACGACACUGACGGCAUCCUGGUCCUGGGCGCCACCAAUAUACCCUGGGUCCUUGACUCUGCCAUCCGGCGACGAUUCGAGAAGCGCAUCUACAUUCCGCUGCCGGAGGCCCAUGCUCGCCUUGUCAUGUUCAAGAUACACUUGGGCAACACCACACACGUCCUCACUGAGCAGGAUCUCAAGGAACUGGCUGGCAAAACCGAGGGAUACUCUGGCGCGGAUAUAUCGAUUGUUGUGCGCGAUGCACUGAUGGAGCCUGUGCGAAAGGUCCAAAUGGCCACGCACUUUAAAAAGGUGACGGGACCCAGUCCCACGAAUAAGGACGAGACUGUCGAUGAUCUGCUUAUCCCAUGCUCUCCAGGCGAUGCGGGUGCCGUCGAGAUGAACUGGAUGGAUGUGCCCAGCGACAAGCUCUUCGAACCGGCCGUGACCAUGCGCGACAUGCUAAAGUCGUUGUCCCGCACGAAACCCACAGUCAACGAUGAUGACCUGAAGAAGCUCCGCAAAUUCACAGAGGACUUUGGGCAGGAGGGCUAGGCCACCAGCCCAGACCCCGCCAGCACUCCAGCACCACCAGCUAAUUCUAAUUGUUGCCUAUUGCAUAAAUUCAAACACAUUUUCUUCGGGCUCUCCAUUACCUACCUUUUUUUUUACAUACAUAUAUAUACGAUAUAUACCAUACGCGAAGGAUAUAUGUAUGGUUAAGCUAAAAUUAAAAUUUCAAUGCGAUUGCAAGAGAAAGAAAGAGAAGGAAGGAGAAAGAAAGAGAAAGAAAUGCAGACUAGCAGAGCAAAAGUAGGAAGAAAGAGAUGGCUAGCACCAGAAGCAGCCUGAUGUUGUUGUAAUCACAAAGUCAAUGUAUUUUUGUACUCGUAAUGUUAAGCAAUAGAAGAGAUCCAAUCCCCCAUGUACACGACGAUAGUACGUGUGUCUGAGCCACCAGACAGUGUGUGUGUGUUCGUUCUAUCGCAAUUAUGCCCGUAUAUGCUAGUAGGAUCCAUGGAGAGCUAUGUACGGACGUAUGUAUAGCCGCACCAGAUCGGAUCAGCAGCCAACCAAUUCAACCAACCAAGCAAACACCUAAUUCAAAAUGUAACGUAUAAAAAAUAAACUAAAACUGUAUACUGUACCAAUGGCACAGAUUUAGGAACGCAA